UACAUAUAUACUUAUAUACAUAAUACACAAAACUCAUGUUUGGUCUAAAACGUCACAAGAUAACUGAAGUUUCAAAACACUCAAAACCAUGUUCUUGUUCUUGAAAAGUAUGUCACAGAAAUCUUUUGUUUCCAUUCUUAUUCUUGUUUUUUCUUCUGUUAUUGUGCUAUCUACACCCCCAGAGGAUCCAAUCAAAUGUUCUUCAUCAAACAACACAACCUGCACAAUCACAAACUCCUAUGGAAUGUUUCCUGAUAGAACUAUAUGUCAAGCUUCACAAGCUUUAUAUCCAACAAAUGAACAAGAAUUAAUCUCAAUGGUUGCGUCCGCGAGCAGAGCGAAAAUCAAAAUCAAAGUAGCGACGCGAUAUUCACACAGCAUACCUAAAUUGGUAUGUCCGGACGAUCCGAAUGGGAUACUAAUAAGCACGAGAUAUCUCAACAAGGUAGUGAAAAUCGACGUGGAUGAAAAAACGAUAACGGUUGAAAGUGGCGUAACGUUGAAGGAUUUAAUCGAUGAAGCUUCAAGAAAAGGUUUGGUUUUGCCGUACACGCCGUAUUGGCAUGGUUUGACGAUUGGUGGAUUGAUGGGAACUGGUGCUCAUGGAAGCACAUUGUGGAAUAAAGGAAGUGCUGUUCAUGAUUAUGUGGUUGAGAUUAGGAUUGUUAGGGCUUCUGAUUCUGAAGAUGAUGGUUAUGCUAAAGUUGAGAUUCUUAAUGGAAAUAAUGAUGAAGAUUUUAAUGCAGUUAAAGUAUCACUUGGUGUUCUUGGUGUUAUUUCACAGGUUACUUUAAAACUAGAACCAAUGUUCAAGCGAUCACUCACAUAUUUAGCAAAAAAUGAUUCAGAUUUAGGAUUGGAAGUGGUUAGUUUUGGGCAUGAACAUGAAUUUGCAGAUAUAACAUGGUAUCCAAGUCAAACGAAAGCUAUAUAUCGAUUUGAUGCUCGUGUCCCUGUAAAUACUUCUGGAAAUGGUCUCUAUGACUUUAUUCCUUUUCGUCCAACUUCUUCGAUUCUAUUGGCUGGCAUAAGAACACAAGAAGAUCGAGAUGAAUCCACUGGUAAUGCUGAUGGAAAGUGCGGACUUGCAAAGCUAACAACAAAUACACUCAUAACAUCUGCUUAUGGUCUAACCAAUAAUGGCAUAAUCUUUACUGGAUAUCCUGUAAUUGGAUUUCAAAACCGUCUUCAAUCAUCUGGGUCAUGUUUGGAUAGUAUUCAUAACGCAAAGAUAACGGUAUGUGCUUGGGAUUCAAGAAUAAAAGGAGAGUUUUUUCACCAAACCACAUUUAGAAUAAGCUUAUCUUUAGUGAAAAACUUCAUUGAAGAUAUACAAAAGCUAGUUCAAUUAGAGCCUAAAGGGUUAUGUGUAAUUGAACAAUACAAUGGGAUAUUAAUGCGUUAUGUCAAAGCUUCAAGUGCUUAUUUAGGGAACCAAGAAGAUGCUAUAGACUUUGAUUUCACAUAUUAUCGUAGCAAAGAUCCAAUGAUGCCUAGGCUUUAUGAAGACAUUAUUGAAGAGAUUGAACAAAUUGGGAUAUUUAAAUAUGGAGGGUUACCUCAUUGGGGUAAGAAUAGGAAUUUGGCAUUUGAAGGUGUUUAUAAGAAGUACAAAAAUGUUGGGAAGUUUUUGAAGGUGAAAGAGAAAUAUGAUUCUCAAGGGCUUUUUUCUAGUACUUGGACGGAUCAAAUGCUUGGAUUAAAAGAAGGUGUUACAAUAUUGAAAAAUGGAUGUGCUUUAGAAGGUUUGUGUAUUUGUUCACAAGAUAGUCAUUGCAAUCCAAGUAAAGGGUAUUUUUGUAGACAGGGUAAAGUCUACAAGGAGGCAAGGGUUUGUUCUCAUGUGUGAUUAAGUUAGGUCAUUUUAUAAGACAAAGUAUUAAUGAAUAGUUUUAUAAAAAUAUGACAACAUAUACCGAAUAAUUUAUGUGAUUAUUCAUGCAUCAUCAAUAAAAAUGUUUUACCUUAUUGAGUGCUA